GACACGGGACAUAAUAACAAUUAUGUGGGAUACAAAAAGAAUCAUUGAAUUUUUGCUUCUUGGGAACACAAACGUGCAGGAUGCAGUGACUUUUGAUGAUGUGCAUGUGAACUUCACUGGGGAAGAAUGGAAUUUGCUCAGUCCUUCCCAGAAAAGUCUCUACAAAGAUGUGAUGUUGGAGACCUACUGGAACCUCACUGCUAUAGGGUAAAAUUGGGAAGAUCACCACAUUGAAGAAAAAUGUCAAAGUUCUAGAAGUCAUGAAAGGCAUGUAAGAAGUCAUAGUGGAGAGAAGCCAUAUGAAAAUAAGCAAUGUAGUAAAGCCUUUGAAAUGCCCAGUCAUCUCCAAAGACAUAAAAGCAUACAAACUGGAGAGAAACCUUAUGAAUGUAAUCAAUGUGGUAAAGCCUUUUCAUGUCAGAGUAGUCUCCACCAUCAUAAAAGAUCACAUACUGGAGAGAAGCCUUACAAGUGUAAUCAAUGUGGUAAAUCCUUUUCAUAUCAGAGUGGUCUCCAAUAUCAUAAAAGAAGCCAUACUGGAGAGAAGCCUUAUAUGUGUAACCAAUGUGGUAAAGCCUUUGCAGGUCAGAGUAGUCUCCAAUAUCAUAAAAGAACACAUACAGGAGAGAAGCCGUAUGAAUGUAAUCAAUGUGGUAAAGCCUUUUCUCAUCAGAAUAGUCUCAAAUAUCAUAAAAGAACACAUACUGGAGAGAAACCUUAUGAUUGUAAUCAGUGUGGUAAAGCCUUUUCAUGUCAGAGUGGUCUCCAAUAUCAUAAAAGAAGCCAUACUGGAGAGAAGCCUUAUAAGUGUAAUCAAUGUGGUAAAGCCUUUGCAGGUCAGAGUAGUCUCCAAUAUCAUAAAAGAACACAUACAGGAGAGAAGCCGUAUGAAUGUAAUCAAUGUGGUAAAGCCUUUUCCCAUCAGAAUAGUCUCAAAUAUCAUAAAAGAACACAUACUGGAGAGAAACCUUAUGAAUGUAAUCAAUGUGGUAAAGCCUUUUCACAAUCGAGUCAUCUCCAAUGUCAUAAAAAAAGGCAUACUGGAGAGAAGCCUUAUGAAGGUAGUUAAUGUGGUAAAGCCUUUGCAAGAUCCAGUCAACUCCAAAGACAUAAAAAAGCUCAUACUGGAAAGAAACCUUAAGAAUGUAGUCCAUUUGUUGAAGCCCAUUUACCAGGGAGAUGUCUCCAAAAACAUAAAAGUGCACAUACUAGAAAGAAAUCUUAUGAAUUGCAAUCAAUGUGGAGAAAAACCUUUUCACAAAGUUUUUGUCUCCAAUCAUAUAAAGGCAACAAUACUGGAAAGAAACUAUGAAUGUAGCCUUUGCCUGUCCCACUAAUCUCCAUAACAUAAAAGAUCCCAGACUGGAAAGAAACCGCAUGAAUGUAAUCAAUGUGGUAAAGCCUUUGCAUAUAAUAAUCAUAUUUAACUGCAUGAAAGAAGUCCUAGUAAAAAUAACCUGUUGAUUUGAAGGUGCUUGGCCCUAAGAAAUGAGACUAUUAGGGGGCGUGCAUUGUGUAGUAGACGUUACAG